CCUAUAUACUCCGUAUAAAUUUAGUGAAAAGAAUUUCUACAAAGAAAAAACUGAAAAUAAUAUUCCAAUACUCCGUAUAAAUUUGGAGUGCCGCCAAGUCGACAACUUAAAAGUUCAGACUCCAUGAACGCAGCACUUCAACUCAACUAUACACUCAGUGAGAUUGGCCUCCAUGAUCAAUCUACGAUUGAAACACCUCAAGUUUAGGAUCCCAAACAUCAAUUCUUGCAAUUCCAAUCCCUCAAGCUCCAAAUCAUAUCACACUUGCCGUUAUCCUCACAGGAAACCCGCCUCAGACCCGCCCCCAGAGCUACGGAGGACGGCCUUCAAGCGCAAGCCAAUUCCAUUCCUUGCGGAUCUUAAAAAAACCAGUGUCCCAGAUGAUCUCCUCUCCCUCUUCCACGAUUACCAGAAAAUGGGUUUCAAGCAUGACUACCCUUCCUACUCUUCUGUAAUCUACAGACUCGCUAAAAAUCGAAACUUUGAUGCAGUGGACACGCUUCUUGAUCGCCUUAAAGCUUACAAUAUCCGCUGCAGAGAGACCCUCUUCAUCGGGUUGAUCGGGCACUACGGAAAAUGCCAGCUGGUUGACAAGGCGAUUCGUCUUUUCCACGAGAUGAAGGUGUCUUUUAACUGUCUCCGCUCACUGCAGUCCUUCAACGCGCUGCUCAAUGUGUUGGUGGAGAAUGGGAGGUAUUGGGAAGCUGAUGACAUGUUCAGGGGUUCUUCUAGUUUGGGGUUUCGUCCGAAUUCCGUUUCCUUCAAUAUCCUGAUAAAGAUGUAUCUUGAGAAGGGCGAACCUGAAAGCGCCCGCCAACUGUUUGAUGAAAUGCUUGACAAAGAAGUUGAGCCCACGGUCGUGACGUACAAUACUCAAAUCGGGUUCUUGUGUAAGAGGGGUGAGUUCGAACAGGGAAAACGUUUGUUCGAGGAUAUGGUUAGGAAAGGGAAGAAGCCAAAUGAGGUCACCUAUGCUUUACUGAUGGAAGGUUUGUGUUUAUUAGGAAAGUACAAGGAUGCGCGGAAGUUAAUGUUUGAUAUGGAUUACCAAGGGUGUAAACCACGGAUUGUCAACUAUGGUGUUUUGAUGAGUGAUCUUGGGAAGAAAGGCAAGAUAGAAGAGGCAAAAAGUUUGCUGGUCGAGAUGAAGAAAAGGCAUUUCAAGCCCGAUGCUUCGAUCUACAAUGUGUUUGUUGGUUAUUAUUGCAGAGAAGAUAGAGCUGUUGAGGCUUACAGAGUUUUAGUUGAAAUGCAGAUUGCUGGUUGCAAACCGGCUGCCAUUACUUACAGAAUGGUGUUUGAUGGGUUCUGUAAGGCGGGACAAUUCGAAGAAGGUUUGAAGGUUUUCAAUGCAAUGUCAACAAGCGGACACUUUCCACGAAGUGAAACACUUCGUCGUUUAGUAGUGGGGUUAUUUGACCUUGGGAAUGUUGAUGACGUGUCCUUCAUUUUUGAGGUAAUGGCUAAGAGGAAAAAGAUGUUUGAUUUUGAUUCAUGGGAAGCUAUAGUCAAGGACUCUUGUGCUCAAAAUAAUGCAUUAGACAACCUUAUAACUGAACUUGUAUCUUAACAAAUGGGAUUGUUCAAUAACAUAAUUUAUUGACAUGAGAGCUUGAGCAGUCAGUAGUGUGUCAAGAACUUUGGUGGAUGGGGCAAAAUUAACACAUUUGUAACAUUGCAAAACUAUAGUUAUCAACAUAAAUAAUAAGUAUAAAAUGCUAUAAAUCAAAAUAAAUUAUCUAAAACGAGUGAUAAUUAAAUGACUUUUAUUUAGGGAUCGAUUAACAAUUUUUUAUUCACAUGUAUGGAUAUGAAUAUGUGCAUAUUAAUAAAUGAGGAUUUUAUUAAUGAAAUCUGACAUUAAACCACCACGUCCACCCUUAACAGAUUGAUGAAGACUACAAGUAUUAAAGUAAACUCUAAAACUAUAAUCUAAUCUUUCAUAAGCAGCAACUGAAUUAGCUUCUCUCUAGAAACGGGCAAAAGUGAUUGAAGCAGUCAUCACAUUGCUCUAAAUUCUGGAUAAAAAUCAGAGAAUGACAAUGUCUUCCAACGCUACUAACUACUAUAGACAGAGCUGCAUUCCCAGGCUGCUAAUACCUUUUUUUCUAUUACUGUUGCACUAAUGCCUUUUUUUUCUUCUACUCCACACAAGAGUCUCUAUGCAUAGCAUAUUUGCAAAGGGUUCCUCCCUCUCCAAUGAUAGAUACCCCACUACAGCACUACAUAUUGGUUAGAGACCGAGACCCCAUAAGAAAUCUACUGCAACCAUAAGAAGUUCACCCCCCACAGCCAAGGGAAAGAAUGAAAGAUGAUUUCUUGACGAUUCCAGAUUGAAUGAAAGUAGGAGUGAGAUUCCAAGUUGGAGUUGUUGUACCCAGCUACCACCGUCCAUUUGAUAGCUUGCUGAAAUGCUCCUAGCUCAGUUUGAAUUACAGAUUGUGCUCUUAUAGGAAUUCAUUGAAGUUAGGGGGUGAGCGCCCUAGCCCCCCUUCUCGAUACACUACUGUGUGUAGUUAAAUGUGACAGCGUGAGGUAUACAGGAUGCUUUUGAUUCGUUAAAAGUGUUACAUUUUAACCAGGUCUCUGAUUACAUCAAGGAAGUGGCAGAGCAGACCAAUAUAAGGGUUUCUGCAAUUGUUAGUGGCAUGGCAACUUGGCAAGUUAGACAUUUGAUAAAUAGGCCAGUAUUUGUUGUUGGCACUUCAUUGUUGUUGUUUUUUGUUUAAUGUGAUGAUGACACCAAAACUCAUUUUACAAUAUUUGGUAAAAUGAUAUAUGUUGUGAAAUACCUUCUCAAGAAAAAAGCCUUCUGAAGAAAAAAGCUAAACAGAUGAUGAAAAAAGAUUUACUUUUGUGAAGAAAGAUUCACCAAAUAUUAACAAAACUCAUUCUACUUCUUUUUUGAACACCAACUAUAUAUGUUGUGAAAUACCUUCUGAAGAAAAAAGCUAAACAGAUGAUGAAAACCAACUAUUAGUCAAAAAGCCAUUCAGAAAGAAGUAGAAUGUGUUUAAAGUUCAAACAUGUUUAAACUAAUAAAUCUUCAUAACAGCUAUGUUUCUAAAAGGGUGGAAUUGUAGAUUUUCAACCAAGCUAUUACAAUCUACUUACAACUCUAGAGGGUGUUUGGAUGUGUUUCUUUUGAAGCCAACAAGCUAUACAGAGGCCGGCUUCACCUUUCAAAACCAUAGUAUGACCAAUUAAGGUUCGGGUUCUGCCAUACAGAGAGGAAGGAGGGUAAGCAGGUGACUAGGUAAGCUUUGGUUUAACGGAAUGAGAUUAGCCAGCAAUGAAAAUAUAAGCAUAUCACAGUGAAAGUUCAAAACUGCAGAUCAUUUCGACAUGUUCUAAUAUGUCUCUUCAUCUUAUGAUGUAACUCAUAUCAUGAAAAUUUGAAUCCAGAUUGUAACUUUUAGCCUUCAUGGAUACAAAGUUAUAUUAUCU